AUGUGGCUUCUGAUUCUCUUGCCCAUAUUCGUCUUAGGGCAGAAGCCACCUCCUGUACCUCCUGUAGACCCUGAGACAAUGGUUCAAAACGUCGACAACAUUCGAAGACUAUAUGGUAUUGCUACAAGAAUUAUGGAAAUGAGUGGAGCAUUCAUGGGCCAAAGCAGUGGCGCCGGAAGUUCCAGCGGUGCAUGGGAUGAUUUACGUCCACGAGCCCAAUCAUCUGGUGUACGGAAUUUCGAGUCGGACAAUUCAGUCACGGCUGGAGGAGAUGGACAAUCGGAAUUUUCACGAUUCCGGGAAGAUUUUGGUCUACUGGGAGGAUUCUUAUCCACAGCCCCACCUACGACAACACCGAGACCGUUUCAAUCUGGCAUUCAAGGACUUCUCAACACGUUUUUCGGAUCGUCAGUGGAUGACUCCGAACCCCUUCCCACACCACCAACGCCUCGGCCUCGGCAAGGAAAUUUCUUCGGAUCAUUACUAGGAGCACCACCUCCACAAGCCCAGCAACGACAGUCCCAGUCUUCGUCCAGUCUCGGGCAGAUCAACUUGUGGGAGCUCUUCGGUGUAACGCGUCGCACGACGACAACAACGCCGGCACCGCCUCCACUACAAAGUUUGCUUAAUCCACAGCUAGCCAGUGGGAGUGCACAGAACCUCGAUGCCGUUUUCAACGCGUUAAUGAGAAGUAACGCUCAACCGGAGCGACCACAGCCGUCGACAAACAUAUUCUCGCAGUUCUUUGGACGAAGAUGA